AUGGUUGACGACACCAUGCAUACCUCCUCUGACCGGCGGCAACUUGAAAUUGUGCUCGGAAGAUCGGUGACUGAUGACCUCGGAUGUCCAGCACGUCGGUAUCUUCGCCUCUUCAAAUGGAUCGACUGCUGGAAUCUGGCGCACAACCAGUACCAGUCCUUUCUAACAACAAGUAAGACAGCGAAGCAGAAACUACCGAAACAAUCUCAGCCACAAGUCGCUCAAAACAACAUCCAUUUUCUCCUCAUUGUCUCAAAGUGGUCCUUGCUCGGCAUGUAUCUUUUCUUGGAGAUGUUUACAAUUGUCGAUGCAGUUCUCGGGACUUGGCGACCUUGGGCGGUGACCAUGCAAACUGAAUCGUUGAAAUUCUGGUUCUAUGCGUUGUCAGUUUCUGUUGCCUUGGAUCUAUACGAACUCUUAUUUGUUUACUCCGACUCCGCAUCGUCGCAAAGCGACCAGCCAGCCUACCAGAAGGAGGCUACCUCAACCAUCAUCGAAAAGACUGGUGACAAGGGCGUGGCCAAUGAGCCGCCACAGUCGAAAGCAGGACAUGCUAAAUCCGCAAAACGCCGCGCUGUCUACAGGCAACUGGCAAUUGACAGCUGUGAUUUGCUGAUACCAGGUGCAGCGGUGGGCUUGCUCCAACUCGAUCCCGUCACAGUUGGCGUUGCAGGCACGGUUAGUGCAUUGCUCGGCGGCUCGGAUGUUUGGCAACGGGUCAAUGCUUGA